UUUUUUUCCUGCUUUCCUCACGUCUUGUCGCUAGCCUGGUAGCUAGUUGACAACAAUGGGCGAUAGUGAGCAGGUAGAGUGGAAGUUUAUGAAAUUAUACCUUACCGAUAUUGUAAAAACUAUUUCGAAUAAAUCUGCUACACGGAGGUCGAAAAGAAAACCGGUUUCCUAUCGUGAAGAACAGCAGCUGGAGGUGGCCACUCCUCAAAGCUCUGAGAGGCAGCUGAGAACUCCUCAGAGAAACUCCCGGAGGCAAAGUCCCAGGACGCAUUCUAGUGUUCUAAAAGAACAAGAGAGGGGCUUUUCUCCCGUGUCUGCUUCUGGGGAGGAGAGCGACAAGGAGGCCUCCCCACCGAAAAGGAGGAACAGAAUAAGCAGCUCCAAAAAGACAAGAACAAAGUCUCCCUCAAAGGAUUGUGAUGACUGUUCCGGGGCCGAGCCUGGUGAACAGCUAGAAGAGAGCACAAAAAGAAAAUGUAAAUAUAGCAACUCAAAAAAUAAAAGGACCAAUAUUUGCUGCAAGGAGGAGGAUAAUGACAAUUUGUCAGAUGAACAAACUGUGGUGGCUUCCCCCAGAAAAAGGCGGCAAUGUAGUGACUUCAAUGUAUUUGAAGCGGAGACUGAGCCUGAGGUGGAGGAAGUUGUGGAGGAGGAGACUGAAGUGGCCUCUGCUUCUAAGAGGAGGAAGCAGGGCAGCCCCCAAAAAAGAACUACGCCUCGUGGAGAGGACAAAGCUGAAAGUGAUCAUUAUGAAUUGGUAGAACAGGCUGAAGAAACUCCCCCUAGAAAAAAACGUAGCAAGUCUAAAAAGGUAAGAACCAGAACUCCCUCUGAAGACGUGGUGGAAGUUGAAAGUGCCCACUUCAAGACGGAAGAACACGCUGCAGCUGAAGACACAAACCUCAGAAAAAGACAGAGGAGGUCUAAGAAAUCUAAAAAGAAGAGAUCCAAGAGUCCUCCCAAGGAGGCCAGCGACACUGAGAGUGAUGGUGAAUCAGGCAAACAUGUUUCCAAGACCUGGCCUAAGGACUUACAUGAAGAAGAGCGUGACCAAGAUGGCAAGACUCGAUCUAAGGACCUAAGUGAGGAGAGUGACCAAGGCUCCCAGACUGAGCCUAAAGACUUAAGUGAAGAGUGGCACUGUUCUGACCAUUCAGAGGAGACUGAACAGGAGGUGUUACCUGCAAAGAGAAAAAGAGGACCCAAGAGCAAGAAGACAAUGAAGUUAGAUUCUGAAAACGUCACUGUUAAAAAUAAAGGCAAAAAGCAAGGUGCCGCGGGUUUGAAGGCACCAAGAAUAAGAUUCACACCACCUAUAGAGAAAAGGAUAAGGGUGAAAACACUUCAUAUUUGCAGUUUCUGUGAAAAGGUCCUGCCAAACAGGGCUGCGCUGAAUAGGCACCUUCAGCAUCACACAGGGGAGAAGCCUUUCCACUGUGAAGAGUGUGGCAAAGACUACGGCAGCAAAACCACCCUGAAGAUUCACAACAUGCAGGUUCACCACAAGGGGACAAAGGACUUCAUAUGCAAUGAGUGUGACCAACAGUUUACCCACCUCACAUACCUCAAACGCCACAUGUACUCCCACACGGACAAGGAAAAGAGGCCACACCUGUGCAAUGUGUGCGGGAAGCAUUUUAUCCAGAAGUCCCACCUGGACCGCCACAAGAUGAUUCACACAGGAGAGAAACCAUUCAGCUGCGAACACUGCGCCAUGGCCUUCAAUCGGCCGGAGUACCUGCGAAUGCAUCUGAAGCUGCACGUGUCGGGCAGUGAGGGACCAAAUAUGGCAGAGCAAGAGAAGACGAAGUGCACAGAGUGCAACAAGAGUUUUGUGAACCCAAAGUACCUCAACAUCCACAUGAGAAUGCACACUGGGGAGAGGCCAUACAAGUGUGAGGACUGUGCUAAGAGCUUCACCCAGACCAGUAUUCUCAACGCGCACCGACGUACGCACACUGGAGAAAAGCCACACAAGUGUAAGGUGUGCGGCAGCUGCUUCACCCGUCGCAAGUACCUGGAGGAUCACAUAGGCAGAAAGCAUGGGUCUUUACAGCAAAUGAAGGAACAGCAGGAUGAACAAUGACAACACUGGGUGUUGUGUGGUAAUGUAAUGUUACGGUGGGGUCUGGAAAUAUUGGAUGCCUUGAUAAAGAUGAGCAAAAAAGACUGUAUGAAAUAAAUAAUACAAAUACUGAGCUAUAUUGUAUGCAACAUUUUUGUAUUUGUUUUAGGGAUGGAUCCACAUUUACAUAACGGGUACCUGGAGGAAAAUGGGGUAGAGUCAUGCUUUUUCAAUUUCAGUCCAGAGGAGUGUGUAGUU